GAAUUGGAUUAUUGUAGUCAUCAUGUUAGCUUAGCUUUCAGAAUUCAAAGCUAAUAAUAUUGGAAUUUUUGUCAAAAUUUGUUCAAAAAAUUUCCAAGAAAAUGGCCCGCAUUAUUAGUCAUUUGAUAGAUCAUUUGCUAGCCAGUGUUCAUCAUUUGUUACUGGUAUUUGCACUACUUGAGUUAAGUCUGCUUCUGUGCGAAGUGCAACCUACCAUCAAACUGGAAAAUACUUCACUUUUUUACCAACGACCCACGGCUCAGUUAAGCUACUCAUGGACACCACUAGACUUGGCUUAUACGCUGUUGUAUUCGGGUUUCGCUAUGAUUGGAUUCCUAUAUGGAUAUGGUUUGGUUCAUUUGCGUUUAAAUACGAGUGGAAUCGUAAGCCAUUUAUUAAUGCGACUUUGUGUGGCCAGCAUGGCGAUUUGGCAACGAAGCAGCUUGUUAAUGAUCCUGCCAUGGAGCCUGAAGGGAUUUUAUGGGAUUUGCCAAAAUAUAUGCCAACUUUACGAAUACAUGUCGAACGAGGCCUACUACAAUGCCAGACAAUUUAAUAUGGCUCUGUCGCUUUGCAUAAUUUAUGGCAUGGCCUUGCUUUCACUCACAAGUGUAUGCUUCCUCAUAGCCCUCAGAUUACAUCAAAAACUGAUGACGGGUCGUCAAAUCGAUCGCUAUAAUCAGGGUAUCUAUUCAUAUGCAAGAAGUAUUAAUCUUUUAUUGGGGUUCCAAAUGAUUGACUUGACUUUGUAACUAUGCAAAACAACUGGCAAUGUAAUAAAAAAAUCAAAUGGCUAACAAUGUAA